UUCAGGGCUGAUCCUGUCACAUGCAUACACGCUGGGUUCAUUCAUGUCGGUGCUGAGGAAGGCAGCAGGCUCUGUCCUGGCUCACAGGUGACCCCUCGGCCACAGCUGGCCCAGCCACUCCAGGGGGCUGGUUUCCUGUGUCAGCCCAGCUGGGCCACCAGUACAGGACAAAGACGGAGCUCCCCCAAGCAGGAGAGAGGGCACCCAGACUGCCCUUGGCCUUGGACUGCAGUGUGUGUGUGCACACAGCUGUGUGCGCAUCCUGUUAUUUCUGUCUCGGGAGCCCUAACUCAGGCGCCACGGACUCUGCCUGUGUCCUCACUCACAGCGGUCCCAGAGGAGGCUGAGUUCCGGGGGAAGUAUCGCUGCGACACAAACCCGAGUCUCUGCUUCCAAACCCCGUCUCCUUCACCCCAUGGCCACACACCGUGCAGAUGGCCUUGGAAGUUCCUGCUCGGCUGGCUAAGUGACGACUUGGUGGUGGUGGUGGUGGGGACCAGCCUGUUGAGCCCAGAAUCUCUGGGUGGGAGCCCGUGCAGGAGCUGACUGUUGGGGCUGGGGGAGAUGGGUGUUUGGGCCUCUCGCCACCUGUGGGUCACAGAAGAGGGGCUGUUUCCUGAGCCACAGAGACACCUCCCUGUCCCGGGGCCCCUCCAUCAGGGCUGUGGGCAUGAAGGGUCUCCGUCCAGAGGCAGGCAGGGGGACACUCCGCCCCUUGGCAGAGCCGCUCCUCCCCCGGCUCUCUCAGCAGCUGCCAGGGGUUUAUGUAAGAGGGAGCUGGGCUCCAGCAGGGAGCCCAUGGGUGACUGUGCCCAGGCCUGAGCUUGAGGGAGGGGAGGGCGGCGACAUGUAGGCUCUGUCAAUGGAAGCGGGUGGGGCUGGCUCAAGGUCAUGCUGAGGAAGUAGUGCAGUUGGCCAAGGUCACGCGGGGGGAUUGCUGGCCGAGAGCUGACCCGCCUGGUCUCCUCUCACCUUGACAGUGACCUAACAUGGCAGCCUGUGUCGGGGCUGAUGGAGGGGUGGGUAGAGCCCCACGGCGGUGACUAGGAGGCGGGUUGGGACCCAGCGCUGUUGGACCCAGCUGCUCCAUCAGGUCCCCGACCUCCAAGCCCCUCCUCUACCACUGUCUUCUUAUCGCGCCCUCCCCCAGCCCCCACCUUUGCUGCAAAGCUGUUGGGCUCUGUUCUCUCCGCCCUCCCUCGGGCCCAGACUCAGGCCCUCAUAGGCCCCCUUCCUGCUCAGAACCUGCGGCUUCUUUGCAUGGUUACCACAGUAAGUCCCCGUGUGUGCGGUGGCCCAAGGAGCCCCUCAUUUCCCUGCUGUGGCCAGGGACCCAGCCCUGGGCCUGGAGCGUGAACCAUUUGACUGAGGCCGGAUGCCGCCGUCACCGCUGUCCCACAGGCCACCAGUUGAGCGUGCACUCUAAGGAAAUGAGAGGGCACCUGUGCUGGCUGCUGGCCACCAGGCCGGCCUGGAACUCCUGGGGGGCUGGAGGAAGCAGCAGGUGCAGAGCCACAUCUCCGUCGCGAUCGUCCCCACUCUUGUUCUGCUGGGGGCGAAUGGUAACAGGUAACAGGCGCUGCUCCUUGAACUUGGGCUGUGUGCCGGGUGUUGUGUAGGAUGCUCCUCGGAUCCUAAGCAGCCCCGUGGCGUUCGUCCAGCCACUCCCCUUUCACAGGUGAGGAAAAUGAGGCACAGGCUGAGUAACUGGUCCCUGGGCAGGAAAUGACCCAGCUGAGUUGCGGUCCCACAUCUCCGAUGGCCAGACAGGCCUGGGCUCAAGUCCCAGUCUUCAUGUCUCUUCCUGCACUUUUCCCGCUCCAGCCUCAGACUUGACCUUCCUCCUGGAGCUGGGGAUCAAAUGAAAUACUCAAAGUGCUGGCCCAGUGAGGUGCUCAGUAACGGAGACUUCUUAGUUUGGACCUCGACACGUGCGUGCCCAGGAAGGAGGAGAGGUCCUGCUAACUGGCCAGGUGCCCCCACCAACUAACCUGGAGCUUCCCCACCAGCCUGGGAGGGAGGAGGUCUUGUGGUAGCCCCAUUUCACAGAUGAAAAACUGAGGCAGGGGCAGAAACAGAUCUUGUGCCAAUGGCUGCACCUGCGCUGCUUGUCCUGGUCCCUGCCGGGCACAUCAGAAUUCUGUCCAGGCCUCUGCCGUGCCUGCCUUCAGCCCCAAGUGCCCAGGCAGUGGGCCUCAGUCCCUCGUUUGGCCCAGCAUGGCUGGAGUGCACUGCGGGGGGCGGGGCAUGGUCGGGAGGCGAGUGUGGCUCAAGGAGACAGAUGCCUGGGGGAGGCCAGCAAGUGGCAGAGCCAGGACUGGGAUCCCGGGUGGUCAGAUCUUAGCGUCACAGAGUCACCCAGCCUCUCAUUGGAGCUAAAACUGAGGGACCUGUGCCAGGCAGGAAGCCUCCAACACUGUGGUGUGAUACCUGCCAUCAUUUAUCCAGCAGGGGCUCAUGUCUCAUUGUUUGGGGGUGGCUGUGAAGAAGCUGGGAGGAGUCAAAGCCUGCUGGCCGGCCCCUGACCAGGCUGGGCCCUCUAGAGCCCCACACAACGUGCCCACCCCCUUGUCCCCAUCCCAGCCCUUCAGGCCCCUGCCACAAGCUUCCUGCCCCUCCCCCCCCAGGCUGGACGUCCCCAGCUCCGUCAGGGGCAGUGUCUGAGUGCUUUCUGUCCAGUGACCUCCUGUCGGGGUGCCAAGGACAGCAGCCUGGAGUCCUCCUGAAUCGGGAUCCUGGCUGGGUGACCUUGGCCGAGUCACAUGACUUACUUCUCUGAGCCUCAGUCUCUCCGGGUAUAGAAUGGGGAUAGAGUGCUGACCGUGCUCUUUCCUACAGUGGAGCCGGCUAAAGGUGAAAACCAGCUUCACCCUGGAAGGGCUCAGUCACCGUGAGCUGUUACUUGUACGAUCAUCCACUCACGGGAGGGCUGAUGACCUCGCCACAUAGGGGGUCAGCUCCUCCCACGUCUGCUCCUUUUUUUUUUUUUUUUUUCUGGACAGGCAGAGUUAGAGAGAGAGAGAGAGAAAGGUCUUCCUUUUUUCUGUUGGUUCACCCCCCAAGUGGCCACUACGGCCGGCGCGUGUGGCCGGCGCACUGCACAGAUCCGAAGCCAGGAGCCAGGUGCUUCCUCCUGGUCUCCCAUGUGGGUGCAGGGCCCAAGCACUUGGGCCAUCCUCCACUGCACUUCUGGGCCACAGCAGAGAGCUGGCCUGGAAGAGGGGCAACCGGGACAGAAUCCAGCGCCCCAACCCGGACUAGAACCCGGGGUGCUGGCGCCGCAGGCAGAGGAUUAGCCAAGUGAGCUGCGGCGCCGGCCCUCGUCUGUUCCUUUUAAUCCAGCCUUCGACUUGGUGCAAUGGAGAGCGUGUGAGCCCUGGAGUGCCACCAGCCCUGUGUUCAAGUCCCAGUGACCCUGGGCCAUUCCGCCGCCCCACUUGGCUUCCUUGCCUGGACAGUGGGGACGGCAAGCCUCCCACAACUCUGAUGGGCAGGUGCGGGGCCGCUGGAGCCCGCCUUGCCAAGGCUCCCCAGGGUCGCUCCCUUUCCUGUAGGCCGGAGCCUCCACCGCCCUUUUGGCGUUAGUUGAACUUGUGGUCAUUCGAAACCUCCAGAUCUCUUCCUGGCUGAGAUGCCGCCUGCUCCAGGACAGCAGCCAAGAGUUUGGCGAGGAGGUGUUGGUGGGUCCUGGGCCCAGGAGGUGUCCCCACCACAGCAGAGUCCCCCCCCCCCACAUGACCUUAGCUGACCCUGGGGACCCCCAGAACGCUGGCUCUUUGGACUUCCAGUCUUCCUCCUGCAAAGCGAGGGGCUGGGGCUGUCUCAGAACUGUCUCACAGCCCGCUGUCCCCACCCUCAGCUGCGCUGGAGCUGCGGCUGUGCUGCUAGGAGCAGGGGCUGGCGGUGGCCAGAGAACAGAGGGCAGGGACAGGUUGUGGGGGUGGAGCUCAUGCAGCCCCCAGCCCCACUCCUGUGCCCCUGCCCUGGUCCAGCCGGCAGGGCGGGGGGAGGCAAGCGGUCGGGGAAGCCCCUCUGGGUCUUGAGCCCCUUCCUGUCUGGGAGCACCGGGCAAGCAUUUGCCAAGGAAAAUGGGCAGCUCCCGGGCCUGCCCUGCCGGAGCGGCCCCUCUGCCUAGGCCACGUGCUUUGCAUAGGGCUGCCACGGCUGUCUGCUCUCUCUGCAGCCGGCAGCCACACAGAUGUGUACAUAGGGACCUCAGCCCUGGACUGGACCCCGAGGGGGACAGCUGUGUGGGGCCACACUGGGGCUCAUGGUCUGUGUGUAGCACUGAAGGAAGAUGACAGUGACGUGGCACUCCGGGUCCUUUAACACAUAGGAUGCAUCCACUCGCCCCUCCUGGUUGAUGUCAAGGCUGGAGUGGCCUAGAGGUCACCUGAGCCCACAGUCCGUGGACACGCCCCGUGGGCUGGCAGCACCCUGCACUAGGAUCCACAGCCGUGUUUAGGGGGUGGUGUGUUUGUGUGCAAGGCUUUCCUUGGGAUCCCAGAAGGGUCCUCACUCUCAGCGUGUUCAGAAGCACCGAGUCCAUUUUACAGAUGGGGACACUGAGGUUGGGAGAAUGGAAGUGACUUGUCUGCACACUGGGGCAGAGCUGGACCAGAAGCCAGGUCCUCGAAGCUCCUUCCAGAGCUGUGCCCUCAGAGACAUUGUCCAUCCACAGCCACAGGAAGCGGCUCUGCACCAGUGGGAUGCCCCACUCCUGCCCUCACCACUCCCAGGAGGACCCCAUGAGGGUCUUAGCUUGCUCCAGUCCGCACACUCGAUUUGGGGCUUCGAAGGAGUCACUGCUGCUCUCUGCACCUCUCCUGCAGGACGGGGAGAUCGCAGAAGCAAUCAGGCAGAACGGGGGCAGGUGUCUGGCCUGGGAGGUACGACGCAGCUCGGGCCGCCCGCAUCCCAGAUGGGAGGGCCUGGGAGUGAGCCCCAGCUCUGCUCUGGUCCCAGCUUCCUGCUAAAGAGCACCCUGGGAGGCAGCAGGGGACGGCUCAAGUCCCUGGGUCCCUGCCACCCACGGGGGAGACUCAAAUUGAGUUUCUGGCUCCUGGCUUUGGCCUGACACAGUCCUGGCUGUUGCGGGCAUCAGUGGCUGGGGGCUCUCUCUCUCUCUCCCUGCCUCGGUUUCUAUCUCUCCACUAAAGCAGUUUUUUUCGAGGCAGAGUUACACAGGAUGGUGGAGCCCACUGCACGUGCUCACGGGCGCCAUUUAUCUCCUGCUUCCCCUAGGCUGGCCCUGCCCGGCUUCCUCCUUACCCUGUCUCGGUGACACCUUGGGGCUGGCCUCACAUACUUUUGAUCGACUUAGCUGGGGCUGGGGGGCAGCCACCUGAAGUCCAGACAGGAGGCUGCCCCUGUGUGGGCCUCAGUUUCCCUCUCUGCGAUGGGAGGGUUGGGGAUCUCUGCAGACCCUCUCGUCAGCCACACUCAGCACCUUCCAGUGUGCACUGCCCUCCCCGGAGCCCCAAGUUCUGCUCCAGACACAAACCUGGCCCCCGCUCUGCCUCCUGUGCCACACGGGCUGACACAAGUCUGCGUGGAGCCGUCUCUGUCCAUCCGACUCCCUGGGGGUGGUCAUCCUUGCCUGUAGGAGUUUCUAACUUUCCUUUCUGCCUCUGCCCCAUCUCUGUCCCUUGUCAUGAGGUCCAAGGGGGACACCCAGAGGGGCUCGGUCCCCGUGGGCUCACAGAUGGCAGCCGUGAGAGGGAGCAAGGCCAGCCCUCCCUCCUGGCCACCACCCAUUCUCCCAUACUCUUGCUCCUAUUGCCUUUUUUUUUUUUUUUAAUUUUUAAACAGUUAAUGGAUUGGGCUGAACUUUUUUAAAAUAUAUAUUUAUUUUAUUUAUUUGAAAAGGCAGAGUUACAGAGAGAGAGGGAGAAACAGAGAGAGAGAGAUCUUCCUUCUGCUGGUUCACUCCCAAGUGGCCGCAAAUAUGGGGCUGGGCCUGAUUGGAGCCGGAAGCUUUAUUCGGGUCUCCCACGUGGGUGCAGGGGCCCAAGCGCUUGAGCCAUCUUCCAUUGCUUUCCCAGGUGCAUUAGCAGGGAGCUAGAUUGGAAGUGGAGUGGCCAGGACUGGACUGGAAACAGGUGCCCAUACGGGAUGCCAGCAUUGAAGGCAGUAGCCCUACCUGCUGUGCCACGGCACCGGCCCCCCUGCUGUUGCUUUUUAGUCAAAGCAAUGACCUGGAGGUGUCACAUGGCAUGGCAAUUAAGUGCCAGCCCUGGGGUCAGACUGUUUGGUUUGAAUCCCGGCUCUGCCAGUGGUGCAGCCUGGGUGUUUCUGGCUUCUCGGGGCCUCUGCCUGCUCCCCGUGAAAUGGGGUUGGGGACGGUCCCAGCUACUGUGAGCCUCACACGAGAGCCCUCGCAGGAGGCCUGCUUCUUGCUGAACACGGUUUCUGCUUUCUGAGCAUCUGCACGUUGCCACGUGCCAAGCCCAAAAUGGAGUCGCUCGAGCCAAGCCUUAGCAAAACAAAAAUAAAUAGAAUCCAGGGGGUUGUGAAGCUGGGGGCCUCACAGUCCCCAGAGACCCUGCUGGGACCACAGCCUGGUGCCCAGGUCUUUCUCCCGUGAGCUCACACAGCGAAGCCCCAGCCGGGCCGUGCGCCCGGCUGACGCCACCUUGGCUAUGGAUCGUUGUCACCAAAGAUAAUUGCUUCAAAAUAACUUAUGCAAUCCUUCUUAUUUUGGCUUUGUCUUAUUUCUUGAAAUGACUGAUUGUAGCGGUGAGCACGCCCAGGGUUCGCAGUGGCCUGCAUGAGCCCAUGCAGUGCUUCUCCGCAAUGAAUCCAGCAGUCCUGGGAGACUCUGUCUCUGUUGGCUACUUAGGUUGAGCACCUGUGCCUUUUUCGCAAAUGCUUGAAGCAACAGGGGCACAGGCCCUGUUCUCAGCUGAGUGGCAGGUGGCUGGGGUGUGGCCCCUCAGCAGGACACCCAGGCCUCAGUGUGUGCCAGCAGAGGAUCAUCCCACCGCUGGCCUCCUCUCCACCCCUCUCCCCUGCCCCGGAACCUUCACCCGGACCGUCACUAUGUAAAUGUCUGUGCAAAUGCCCUGGUGUCCAGCUGCCUGGUCUCCAGCGAGGCAGAGUCCCUCCUGAGACUGCCACUGGCCAGCCAUGGGGCCCCAGGCCAGGAGAGCCUGCUCCUUCUUCCUCCUGCUGCAGGUCCUGGCUGAGCCGGCUGAGAACUCGGACUUCUACCUGGGUGGGGACUACCUCCUGGGUGGCCUUUUUACACUUCAUGCCAACGUGAAGACCACUGGCCAAAACCAACUGCAUGUGCCCAAGUGCGAGGAGUACGAGGUGAAAGUGCUCGGCUACAACCUCAUGCAAGCCAUGCGCUUUGCCGUGGAGGAGAUCAACAACCAGAGCGGCCUGCUGCCGGGCGUGCGGCUGGGCUACGAGAUGGUGGACGUCUGCUACAUCUCCAACAACGUGCAGCCUGUGCUCUACUUCCUGGCCGGAGACGACUACUUCCUGCCCAUCCUGGACGACUACAGCUCCUACGUGCCCCGCGUGGUGGCCGUCAUUGGCCCUGACAACUCUGAGUCCACCAUCAAUGUGGCCAACUUCCUCUCUCUCCUUCUUCUCCCCCAGAUCACCUACAGCGCCAUCAGCGACCAGCUGCGUAACAAGGAGCGCUUCCCGGCCAUGCUGCGCACCGUGCCCAGCGCCAGCCACCACGUGGAGGCCAUGGUGCAGCUGAUGCUGCACUUCCACUGGAACUGGAUCAUUGUGCUCAUAAGCAACGAUGACUACGGCCGCGACAACAGCCAGGCGCUCAGCACCCGCCUGGCCCGCAGCGACAUCUGCAUCGCCUUCCAGGAGGUGCUGCCCACGCCGGAGCCCAACCAGUCCCAGACCCCGGCGGAGCGCGAGCGCCUGGCCAGCAUCCUGCAGAAGCUGCGGCAGAGCACGGCGCACGUGGUGGUCAUCUUCUCGCCCGAGCUGUCCCUGCACAACUUCUUCCGCGAGGUGCAGCUCUGGAAAUUCAGCGACAUCGUGUGGAUCGCCUCCGAGUCCUGGGCCAUCGACCCCGUCUUGCACAAAAAGCUGAGAGGCGCCGGCACCUUCCUGGGCCUCACCGUCCAGGCAGUGCCCAUCCCGGGCUUCAGCGAGUUCCGCGUGCGCCGCACCAAGACCAGGCCACCGCCACCCAACAGGACCACCUGCAACCAGGACUGUGACAACUGCCUGAACACCACUGCGACCUACAGCACCAUCCUCACACAGUCGGGAGAGCGCGUGGUCUACAGCGUGUACACGGCCGUCUACGCUGUGGCCCACGCCCUGCACCGCUUCCUCCGCUGCAACCAGACCGGCUGUGCCAAGGUCGUGGUCUACCCGUGGCAGCUACUCAAGGAGCUCUGGAACGUCAGCUUCACCCUCCAGGGGCAGAAGAUCUUCUUCGACCAGCAAGGGGACGUGCCCAUGAGCUUGGAAAUCAUCCAGUGGAAGUGGGACCAGAGCCAGAACCCCUUCCAGAGCAUUGCCUCCUACUACCCCAUGCUGAAGCACCUGACAGUCACCCACAGCGUCUCCUGGCACACCCCGGACAACACGGUGCCGGUGUCCAUGUGUUCCAAGAGCUGCCGGCCCGGGCAGAGGAAAAAGCCCGUGGGCAUGCACCCCUGCUGCUUCGAGUGCCUCGACUGCCUUCCCGGCACCUUCCUCAACCAAACUGCAGAUGAGCUUGACUGCCAGCCCUGCCCGAGUUACGCGUGGUCGCACAGGAACGACACCUCCUGCUUCAAGCGGCGGCUGGCCUUCCUGGAGUGGCACGAGGUCCCCACCAUCAUGGUGGCCCUGCUGGCCGCCCUGGGCUUCCUCAGCACCCUCAGCACCCUGGUCGUGUUCUGGAGACACUCCUCGACGCCCGUGGUCCGCUCGGCCGGGGGCCCCAUGUGCUUCCUGAUGCUGGCGCUGCUGCUGCUGGCCUUCGCCGUGGUGCCGGUGUACGUGGGGCCGCCCACGGUGCUCACGUGUCUCUGCCGCCAGGCCCUCUUCACCCUCUGCUUCACCGUCUGCAUCGCCUGCAUCACCGUGCGCUCCUUCCAGAUCGCGUGCAUCUUCAAGAUGGCGCGCCGCCUCCCGCGCGCCUACGGCUACUGGGUGCGCUACCACGGCGCCUACGUCUCCGUGCUGCUCCUCACGGCCCUCAAGCUGGCCAUGGUGCUGGGCAACGUGUUGGCCACGACCACCAACCCCACACACCGCGCGGACCCCGAGGACCCCACCAUCAUGAUCCUCUCCUGCCACCCCAACUACCGCAAAACGCUGCUCUUCAACGCCAGCCUGGACCUGCUGCUGUCCAUGGGGGGCUUCACCUUCGCCUACAUGGGCAAGGAGCUGCCCACCAACUACAACGAGGCCAAGUUCAUCACCCUCAGCAUGACCUUCUCCUUCACCUCCACCGUCUCCCUCUGCACCUUCAUGUCCAUCUACGAAGGGGUGCUGGUCACCAUCAUGGACCUCUUGGUCACCGUGCUCAACCUGCUGGCCAUCAGCCUGGGCUACUUCGGCCCCAAGUGCUACCUGAUCCUCUUCUUCCCCGAGCGCAACACACCCAGCUACUUCAACAGCGUGAUCCAGGGCUACACCAUGAGGAGGGACUAGAGCCACCCGGAGGGGGAGGGCCUGGGCUCGGCAGCAGAGCGGGCCGGGGGAGGGUGUGCUUGGGCACUGCCUGGAGGAUGCUGGGCGGCCACCCCCGGGACUCCUCCCCACCGGGACUGCAGCUGGGCAUUAUUUCUCCGCCAGUCUCUGCAUCCUGGCUGUCUUUACCCGCUUAUCAGCAGGUGUCCUCUGUUCCACUCCUGUGGGCUGUUUCGCUUGCCAAGUGCGGUCAUCUCCUCUAGAAAAAAGGACCCAAGGUGACCUGUUGGUCGCCAAGGGCAGGCUGCGCUGCCAGCUUACAGCGCCAUCUGGUGGCCACAGCAAGCACCUGUCGUCCCGGGCCAUUUCCUUCACUCACGUUCAAGGUGGGGGCAGCCCUGCUGGUGGCUUGGGCGGGAGGGAGGGGGGUCCAGUGUGAGCUCUAGGAAUGCAGCCUGGGCAUCGCUCCCCACCUGUCUCUCGUGUUUCAUUUUCCGAUUCCCUAAAGGCUCAGACCCAGGCCUUUGUGUAUCCCUCGGUGAUGGCUGGGCACAGCGUGUGCUUAGUUGAAUACCUAUGAAUAAACUCCCUUGGGUGAAAUGAGUGAGCGUCUUGCCUUCAGAGGGGCCCUGAGAAAGGACAUGGGGGGUCAGAGAGAGCUCGGUUUAAAUCCCCGCAUCGCCACUUCCAAGCUGUGUGUCCUGAGGCCAAUUCCUACUGCCCUGAGCCUCCACGUCCCCACCUCCAACAGCUUCACGGGGAUCUUAAAGGAGCAAAGACAAUAUGUGUAGAGUGUAUACAGUAGGUGCUCAAUAAGUGCCAGCCACGGAAAACCCACGAGUCCCCAGAACCCUGAGGAACAUCAGGCUUGCCUUGUUUCCAGUCCUCGGAUUCCGUGGCGCAUCCAGGAGCUGGCCUGUUCCCCUUGUUAUCCGGCAAAUUCCGGGUGGUCUGGGGCGCUCAAGCCUCGGGGACCUCCCAGGGCCCCUGUGGAGCACCGUGCUGCUGGGCAUGGCUGUGCCUGUGCAACCCCCUCCCCCCACCAAGCCCCCUCGGAGGGCUCCCUAACUUCUCAGUGUUGGGGGGCCAGGCCUGGCCUGUCCGCUCACCAGUGCAGAGGCCUCAGGGUGCCACAGAGAAGUGGCUUGCCUGGCUCAGGGGCACCCCCUCGCGGGUGGGAGAGCCAAGCUCAGAGCCUCCUCCGCUGUCCCCCGGGCCCAGGCGGGACCCAGGGGCCCUUGAGGGGUCGUCACUGCAGCAAUGCUGGGGCAGCCCGGGACCCCUCUGGGGGUGAUUUACGGUUUGCUCAGCACCGACCCUGGCAGG